AUGUCGGUGAUUGUGCUGGCUAUCGUCUUCGGCAACGUGCUGGUGAUCACUGCCAUCGCCCGGUUCCAGCGCCUGCAGACUGUCACCAACUACUUCAUCACCUCGCUGGCCUGCGCUGACCUGGUGAUGGGACUGGCCGUGGUGCCCUUCGGCGCCAGCCACAUCAUCAUGGAGAUGUGGAAGUUUGGGAACUUCUGGUGUGAGUUCUGGACCUCCUUGGACGUGCUCUGCGUCACGGCCAGCAUUGAGACCCUCUGCGUCAUUGCAGUGGACCGGUACUUCGCCAUCACCUCCCCUUUCAAGUACCAGAGCCUGCUGACCAAGAGCAAGGCACGCGUGGUCAUCCUCGUGGUGUGGGUGGUCUCAGCCCUCACCUCCUUCUUGCCCAUCCAAAUGCACUGGUACCGGGCAGACCGCGAUGAGGCCAUCCUGUGCUACGAGAAGGACACGUGUUGCGACUUCUUCACCAACCAAGCCUAUGCCAUUGCCUCCUCCAUCAUCUCCUUCUACCUGCCGCUCGUGGUCAUGGUAUUCGUGUAUGCCAGGGUCUUCCAGGUGGCCAAGAAGCAGUUGCAGAAGAUAGACAAGAGCGAGGGGAGGUUUCACACCCAGAACAAGGAGCAGGAGCAGAAAGGGGGAGCUGGGCACCGCCGUUCCUCCAAGUUCUUCUUGAAGGAGCACAAGGCCCUCAAGACCCUGGGCAUCAUCAUGGGCACCUUCACGCUGUGCUGGCUGCCCUUCUUCAUCGUCAACAUCGUGCACGUCAUCCAGGACGACAUCAUACCCAAGUACGUGUAUAUCCUCUUGAACUGGCUGGGCUAUGUCAACUCUGCCUUCAACCCUUUGAUCUACUGCCGGAGCCCGGACUUCAGGUAUGCCUUUCAGGAGCUCCUGUGCCUCCGCAGGUCGGCCCUGAAGAUGUAUGCCAACGGCUACUCAAACAGCAACGGCAAGAGCGACUACAACGAGGAGGACAACGGCUACCCCCUGGCAUCGGAUAAAACCUGCGACUUGCUCUGCGAAGAGGGUUCCUUCCCUCACCCCGAGGACUUUUUGCGCUGCAAAGGUACCGUGCCGAGCGGGUAGCUUCGAGGGGCGGUGGGCUCUGGCGUGGCACACAUCGCUCGGAAAGAGGAGCCUUUCUCUCCAAGGAAAAACAAAAGCGCCCUUAAUUGUAAUAGUAAUGAGCGCACCUGACAUCUAAUGGCUGCAGGAAACCCAAAACUCAACAAAACUUCUGCAGACAGGUGGGGGGCUGCCCCGGGCAGGGUC